GGUCGAAGAGGGGUGUCCGUAGGGCCUCUCAGUCACCGCUGCACGGCCACCGCCCCCACCGCUGCGCGGCCUCCGCCCCUCCCCUGCCUUCCGAGAGUACAGGCGACAGCCGGGGCUUCGGGUGGUCGCACAGCCACCGAACGCCUCCGCCCAGCCGCCUCUUCUAGCUGGCGGCUCUUCUUGGCCCAGUCCGGGUCGGGGGGUGAAAAAUGGCGCCGGCGCCCCAAGGCGUUCUGGAGGAGCCGCUGCAGGGGUCUCGGUCCGGACCCCUUGUCCGGCUCCUCUUCCUCGCCCAGGCCGGCCUGCUCCUGCUGCCAGCUGCCCGGGGAGGCCUCUGUCCCGCGCCCUGCUCCUGCCGCCUCCCUCUGCUGGACUGCAGCCGCAGGAAACUGCCCGCGCCGAGUUGGAGGGCCCUGUCGGGCCCGCUGCCCCCAGACACCUCCAGCCUGGAUUUGAGUCAUAAUCGGUUGUCUAACUGGAACGUCAGCUUGGCAUCACAAACAUUGCAGGAAGUGAAAAUGAAUUACAAUGAAUUAACAGAUAUUCCAUAUUUUGGAGAACCAGCCUCUAAUAUUACUCUACUUUCAUUAGUACAUAAUAUAAUUCCGGAAAUAAAUGCAGAGAUGCUCCAGGUCUACCCUGCUCUUGAGAAUUUAGAUCUCAGCUCAAAUGUAAUAUCAGAAAUCAAGGCAUCUUCAUUUCCUCGCAUGCAACUUAAAUACCUGAAUUUGAGUAAUAAUAGGAUAACCACGUUGGAGGCUGGUUGCUUUGAUAAUUUAUCAAGUUCCUUAUUAGUGGUAAAGUUAAACCGGAACAGAAUUAGCGUGAUUCCACCCAAGAUCUUCAAGCUGCCUCACCUCCAAUUCUUGGAACUUAAAAGAAACAGAAUUAAAAUUGUGGAAGGCCUAACAUUCCAGGGGCUUGACUCCUUAAGAUCCUUGAAGAUGCAGCGGAAUGGAAUUAGCAAACUUAAGGAUGGAGCCUUUUUUGGCUUGGAUAACAUGGAAGAGCUAGAAUUAGAACACAAUAACCUUACAGAAGUGAACAAGGGGUGGUUGUAUGGCUUGCGAAUGUUACAGCAGCUCUAUGUGAGCCAGAAUGCUAUUGAAAGGGUCAGCCCCGAUGCGUGGGAGUUCUGCCAAAGACUCUCCGAACUUGAUUUGUCCUAUAACCAGUUGACUCGCCUGGAUGAAUCCACCUUUGUGGGUCUGAGCUUACUGGAGAGAUUGAAUUUAGGGGACAACAGAGUCACUCACGUUGCUGAUGGUGUGUUUAGGUUUCUUUCCAAUCUUCAGACGCUAGACUUAAGAAACAAUGAAAUUUCAUGGGCCAUAGAAGAUGCUAGUGAAGCCUUUGCUGGACUCACGAGUCUCACUAAACUAAUCUUACAAGGAAACCAGAUUAAGUCAAUUACAAAGAAAGCAUUCAUUGGUCUUGGAUCCCUUGAACAUCUAGAUUUGAACAACAAUGCUAUAAUGUCUAUCCAAGAAAAUGCUUUUUCUCAGACUCACUUAAAAGAACUGAUUCUGAACACAAGCAGUUUGCUCUGUGACUGCCAUCUGAAGUGGUUACUUCAGUGGCUGGUUGAUAGUAAAUUCCAGCAUUCUGUGAACGUGAGCUGUGCGCACCCUGAGUGGCUAGCAGGGCAAAGCAUCCUAAAUGUGGAUCUGAAAGAUUUUGUCUGUGAUGAUUUUCUGAAGCCACAGAUAAAGACACAUCCUGAAACCACGGUGGCUCUGAGAGGCAUGAACGUGACUGUGACGUGCAUGGCAGUGAGCAGCAGUGAUUCACCCAUGUCAACCGUGUGGCGCAAAGACAGUGAAAUCUUGUACGAUGCGGAUAUUGAGAAUUUUGUUCGCUAUCAGCAGCAAGCUGAAGAAGCUCUGGAGUAUACUAGUGUCUUACAUCUUUUCAAUGUGAAUUUCACAGAUGAAGGAAAAUACCAGUGUAUUGUUACUAAUCAUUUUGGUUCCAAUUAUUCUCAGAAAGCCAAACUGACCGUGAAUGAGAUGCCAUCUUUUCUGAAAACUCCAAUGGAUUUAACCAUUCGCACUGGUGCCAUGGCCAGGUUAGAAUGUGCUGCAGAAGGACACCCUGCACCUCAGAUUUCCUGGCAGAAAGAUGGCGGUACUGACUUUCCUGCGGCUCGAGAAAGACGCAUGCAUGUCAUGCCCGAGGAUGAUGUUUUCUUCAUUGCAAAUGUGAAAAUAGAAGACAUGGGAAUCUAUAGCUGCAUGGCACAAAAUAUCGCAGGAGGCCUCUCAGCAAAUGCCUCACUAACAGUGUUAGAGACACCCUCAUUUAUUAGACCCUUGGAGGACAAGACAGUAACCCGAGGUGAAACUGCGGUGUUACAGUGCAUAGCUGGAGGGAGCCCUGCCCCUCGCCUCAAUUGGACAAAAGACGAUGGACCACUGCUGGUGACAGAACGGCACUUCUUUGCCGCAGCCAACCAGCUUCUCAUCAUUGUAGAUGCUGGGCUAGAAGAUGCUGGGAAAUACACCUGCAUUAUGUCUAACACCCUGGGGACAGAACGUGGUCACAUUUACCUAAACGUCAUUACUUCCCCCAAUUGUGACUCUUCCCAGAGUAGUAUUGGGCAUGAAGAUGAUGGCUGGACCACAGUUGGCAUUGUCAUCAUUGUUGUGGUUUGCUGUGUCGUGGGCACCUCUUUGAUCUGGGUUAUUGUUAUUUACCACAUGAGAAGGAAAAAUGAAGACUAUAGUAUCACAAACACAGAGGAGCUUAAUCUGCCAGCAGACAUUCCCAGCUACUUGUCCUCCCAAGGAACACUGUCUGAGCCACAGGAAGGCUACAGCAACUCUGAGGCAGGCAGUCAUCAGCAGCUUAUGCCGCCUGCCAAUGGAUAUAUACACAAAGGAGCUGAUGGUGGCCCUGGUACCCGGGUAAUCUGCUCAGAUUGUUAUGACAAUGCCAACAUCUACUCCAGGACCCGAGAAUACUGUCCGUAUGCCUAUAUCGCUGAGGAGGAUGUCCUGGAUCAGACACUGUCCAGCCUCAUGGUCCAGAUGCCCAGAGAGACAUAUUUGGCACAUCCUCCCCAAGAUGCCACCACCCUGGAGAGCCUGAUAGCAUCAGCAGACAGAGAGUUGUCUGCCUUUCCUACCAACCAUGAGAGAAUAAAUGAGAAGAAGCUUCCCUCCACACAGCUGAGCGGUGAAAUGUUGCAGCGGCCCUUGUGGAACGUAAACAAAGAACUAGGCCUGCCUCAUCGCCCCUUUCCCCAGCAGCCAGUCCUCGAGUCACCACAACUCCUCCGAAAUGAGGUCCUGGCAGAGAAUGACCCAGACUGUUCUGCCUCCCCUAUGCCUUGCCACAGGUUACAUGACCACGCUUUUGAUUUUAGUAGGACUCGGAGCAUUCAAGAUGGUAGUGAGGGCACAUGAAACUCGCUCCAGUAUGAAAUCUGGGCAGAGACUCAAAUCAGUUAAUUUUGUAUUUACUACCUCAGCGUUCAGAAGAAACCCCAAAGUCAGCAUUUGUUUUACUCUUUGUUUACAAAUUACAUCUGAUCACACCAAGGUGGGCCAGGUACUUGUUUGAGUUUAUACCUGGUGAAGAAAGGGUAAUGGCUGACAGAAAUGGGUGCAUCUAACCAAAAAUGUGCGGCACUGGUAUUGAAAGAUAUGGGGCAGAUGUGCUUCCUGGAGGUUCCACAGGGAUGUGCCCAGGUGUGCAUUGCCUAUCAGGAAAAGUCUCAUCGCUGCUUAACCAUGCUGGAUUGUCUCAAUCCUCGGAGUGAUCCUAGGAAAACAUCACUGUUGUACUUUGUCUUCCAAGGAACAAAAAUGACUGGCGCCCUCUGGGAAGUGUACCUGGGAUUUUCGCUGGUUUGAAGCAUAUAGCUGAGACUGGGGCUUUGAUAUUCAAGGUCUUCAGCAAGUAUCACAGGCUUGGCUAACUGGUACCAGGUCAUGGGGUUUUGUAUUCUUGUGAUUCCUUUUUUUUUUUCCUUGUCCCUACCACCCAGGAAUCUCAUUGUAAAUACAUUUGCAUUUAUAAUUAAUUUUUGUAUUCAUUGACCAUAUGUGUUCACUGCAAUGUAAAUAUUUUUUGAUAUGCCAGAAGUAUAUAUAAAUAAUACCAGUUAUAUUAUCGACAGCAGCUUCUCCGAUCACAAACAGAUUUUAGUAUAAUUUGGUUUGGUGAGAUCUAGAGACUUUGUUUAAAGUUUAAAAAACUUAUUUGUUAAGUGUAUGUCUAGAGGCAAGGUAGCUAGUGAUUGCAUACACACAAACACAGCCUUGGUGUAAUUAACCACUUUGUUCAUUCUUGGAGGUUCAUACAUCUACUCAUUUGCCAUCUGUUUACAAAAGCCAGCUGAUACUACCUUACCAGUGUGAAAAGACAUGCUUCUUCCAAAGACCAGCAGUCCUGGCAUAACAUGUGCACAUAGAUAGAGGAAGAAUUGUUUGGGGAAAGUCUUCUUUCAACAAAGUACUUAGUUGGCAAGAAAACCAAAGAUUGCUUCUUUUAUGUGUUUGUGUUGCUUUUACUAUCUCUUUUACCAAGGCACAACAUAUCUUAAAAGAAGAUAUACUUUAGAAGGGAGGUGUGCUUUGGGGAGUAGAAAGCAGGUGGAGGUGCAGAGAUACCUAUACUAUGAAGUUUUGGGGUGGUCCUUUGCUUUAUAUAGGUGAUGAUUUAAGUCAAAAAAAUUUUUUUCUUUAAUUUCUAAUAGGAAAAAGCUUUAUGCAAAGGAUUUGACACUCUAAUGGAAUGUAAUGGACUAAAGUUCUUUGUGCUGUCAGUCUGUCCUCUCAGUCUAGUAAGUACUAAAAAAAAAAAAAUAGUUACAAAAAAAAAAAAGUACUAGUUACUAGACGAUGUCAAUCACUUAAAUAAAAAUUUCUGAGUCUUUGUACAUUUCAAGGGUUGUAAACUCACAUUAUUUCUUAGCUUUCUGCCAGAAAGUUUAGUUGGAUUUCAUUAGUUUUCAAUCGUAAAUUUCUCUCCCAUAUAGGCAGCAGCCCUUCUUUAACUGUUAAAUAGCACCACGCAUUUCUCAUCUUCCUUUUUAAACUGUCGUUCCCGGCUCAUUUUCACUUUGAACUUCUUAAAUAUCACUUUCAACAUCUCUUUUUCUGUGCCGUCAACCUGUGAUCCCUCUUCUUGUUUCUUGGGGUAUAAUUUAAUUUGUAUUGGACUUUGGAGUCAGUUCCUUUUUCUGUUAUUAGCUGUGUAAUCAAGAGCAAGUCCCUUUAUUUCUCCAGGCCUCCGUUUUCUUGUGAAAUGAGGGCAUUUUCUAGAUGCUUUAGAGCCCUCUCCAGCUGUAACAUUCUUUGAAUCUGUGAUCCCUCCAGGAACCAGGGAAGAUUAUGAUACUCUAAUAAAAAGCUGCUCUCAUAAAAUGUUUGUUAGAGUAGAACAAGUGUGAUGCUGCUUGCUCUGACUUGAGCCAAAUUCAUUUCCUCUAUAGCAGGAGUGAUGGUGUAGGAAAUACUUGUGAGGAGAAAAAAUUAUUCUUCUUUUAAACAGUUACCGUAAACAUAAAGAACAACCUUGACUCGAUUGAAGGCCAUCCGCUGCUCUCUGGAACAGCAGACCUGAAUACUGGUGGUAUAGGACACCAGAGGUCUGCUGAGAGGUAUCGCCACUCCAAUUUGUUGCUAAUAGUAAAGUGCUGAAUUUUGUGACUUGCUUACCUUCUAAGGUAUUCAGGGCUAUCCCUGUAAUUACCUCAUUCUCACUCAAAUUCUGGUAGACUUUCUUGAGUGGGAGGGGUGGAGUUAGAGCUAAGCUGCCAGAGAUUGUGCAAGUUGAGCCUCAGCUGUCACCUGUGAGGAGGCAGAGGAUAGGCUGCGGACCAGUGAGUGCUGCCCCCGCACUUUAGCAGGGUUCCUACUGCCUGUGGUGUCAGAGCUUAGUCUCUUGAAGGGCCACAUGGCUCUCUAUCAUGUCAACUCAGAUUGUUGAGACAUCCUCCCAGGUAGUCCAGAUUUCUUAAAUAACUAGUCAGAACUAUGUUUAGAUGUGAAUAUCCUACCCCUGGUCUUUAAAAGAUCAGUUUAAUAAAGUCUAAUCUUAGGAGGGAAACCCUGGUGGCGUAGUGGUUAAGAGCUACGGCUGCUAACCAAGAGGUCGGCAGUUCAAAUCCAUCAGGUGCUCCUUGGAAACUCUAUGGGGGCAGUUCUACUCUGUCCUAUAGGGUCGCUAUGAGUUGGAAUCGACUUGACAGCAGUGGGUUUGGGUUAAUCUUAGGAGAAGGAAUUCCUGAAACUUUUCAUUAUUGCAUAUAUUUUUGCCCAAGCAGUGAUUUAACCCUCUAAUAUAAACAGGAUUAGUGAUGGCUCAUCAAUAUUUUUUCCUAGCAGUGUAACGUCUGUCUAAUGCCAGCUUAAUGAGGGAUGUUGCAAAGCAAGGCAAAUUGAAAGGCUAAGAGAAAUACCCCGUUCCCCACCCAGUUACAACUUUAUUUCAGUUGGAAUACAUAAAUUCUCUUAAAAUUUGUUGUGUCCCUUUUAGUCUGAUUCUCCAAGUCUACCUGGAAGAAGAAAUUGCAUUUUCCUUGAAUUUAAGACUUAAUACUAGCACAAGAUCUACACCUAAGCCAUUGGCUUUCUCUCAUUUAGCAACUUCCAAAGUGCUUUCCCUAGUACGCAAGCUACUCUCUAGAAGAGGGAAUAUCAGAAACUCGCCCAAUGUCCAGUGCCACUAGAGUGUCACCUCGGAAUGCUUUACAUGCGUGUUUUUCUAUAGGAUAACACAAUCAUGUUGUCUUCACAUUGCCCGUUACCAAAAAAACCAAACCCAGUGCAGUCGAGUCGAUUCUGACUCAUAGCGACCCUAUAGGACAGAGUAGGACUGCCCCAUGGAGUUUCCAAGGAGCGCCUGGUGGAUUCAAACUGCCAAGCCUUUGGUUAGCAGCCGUAGCACUUAACCACUAUGCCACCAGGGCUUCCCAUUGCCUGUUAGGAGGAUGUAAAAGGCACAUUAAGAUGUCAAGACAAUUUAGACUCUGUUACCCAUUUUCCUAGAAAUGGGAGAUGGGAUACAAGUCUUUUAAUUACUUGAAAAGUUAUCACAUGAAGUAAGGAUUAGAUUCCCUCUUUUUUUUUUUUCCAGAGGACAGAGCUCAUAUCAGCGGGGUAGAAGUUAGAGGGAGUCAUAGUCUAUACUUUCUAGUAAUCUCAGUAUAAGCAAACUCUCUAACAGAUCUGUCUGACAGUGGGAGUAACCUGCCUUGAAACUUAGUGAGCUCCCCCUCAUAGCAAAGGUACAUGCAGAAGCUAAGUAACCGAAAAACCCCAACCAAACCCAGUGCCGUCAAGUCGAUUCCGACUCAUAGCGACCCCUAUAGUAACCAUCUGUUAAAAGCAUCUAAGAAAUUUCUGCAUUUUUGGUAUAUGAACAAGAUGACUUUGGAAGCCUCUUUCAAUUUUAUCACUGGAAGUUCCCACAAGUAGUCUGACAGUCUUCAGACUUCAAAAUCCUUGGUAUUCAGUAUUGUGCACUUCAAAAUUUUUUUUAUUUUAACUAAAGAAUUUUGGUUUUUGGUUGACAAAAGAGGCCUGACUUCUACGUUCAUGGCUGAAAUUAUGAAACUGGGUUUAUUCCUUCUGGGGAAAUCUGUAACUUGUUAUUAACACAAAUGGCAUCAUAAUAAAAAAUUGAAAAGCCUA